AUGCACACAAGGCCAAGGACGGGAAAACACGUUCAGUCCGAGACUGUGAGUUGUGCAAGUAAGUGCAUAUUCUUUUUUCACUAUCUCCACUUACAGAGUCGCAGAACGAAAGGAUACCCAUGCCAGAUCGUUAGCGACACAUCAAUGUGUCGACGCCAUAUUGCAUUCCGGCAUUCAAAUAAUUAUCGCCAAUGGUGCAAGACUAAUAACUUCGAAUUGAUGUUGCCUCAAGAUAUCAAGGAACGAAAAACAGUGGUAGCUAUUGCGAAUGUGCAGCAAACGAGUCUCGAUGGCCAUCUGCAAGAAAAACCUUCCACUGACAUUGUUGUCCCGUACACGAACACAAUCUUUCGUGAAGCCGCUAUUGGGUGGUUGAUUUCCACUAGCCAGCCUAUUCAAGCAAUUGAUCAUCUGGCCUUCCAGAAGAUGAUUGCUGUAGCAGCUCAUGCUAUGAGCGGCGUCGUUCUGCCGAAUCGUAACGCUACGCGCGGCGAAAUCAUGAAUUUAUUCAAGAAGCAGAUGACGAAGUUAAAAGAAUGCCUCAAUGUAAGUUUUCGCUCGUACUAUUUUAAACUAAUGUUUUGUACUGAUGUUGCAAACAGAGCAAGCUCGUGUCUGGCGCUGUCAACCUGA